CGCCUUUCUGCACACCUGAAGCUGGGACUGCAGCAUGCAGCAACCAGGCCGGCUGAGGCUGAGGCCAUGGCUGGAGGAGCAGAUUCAGUCUGGGAGGUAUCCAGGAGUCAGCUGGCUGGACCAGUCAGCACAAAUUUUCCAAAUCCCAUGGAAACAUGCCGCUCGUCAUGGCUGGAGUAUUGACCGAGAUGCUACACUCUUCAGGAGCUGGGCCAUGCACACUGGACGGUACCGUCCGGGUAAAGACAAACCAGACCCCAAGACAUGGAAGGCAAAUUUCCGCUGUGCCUUGAAUUCCCUGCCUGACAUCUUUGAGCUGCGGGAGCACAGCAGGAAGAGAGGCAGCAACGCCUACAGAGUCUACAGGAUGCUACCCAGCACACAAACACAGAGACGCAGGAGAAGGCUGCGGUUGUUCAGCAGGCCCCGGGAAAGACAGGCAAGUUUAGGUGAUGAUACACACAUUACGCAUGCUUGGCAACCCACAAGACCCAUUUCAGACACACCACAGAAGGUGGAGACCCUUGCAGAGGACACAUUUGGCAACACGCAAAUGCAUGGGAUUUGGGAGGCCAAACCAGAGGAGCAGGAGCAGAAUGAGGCUGUGUUUAAGUUGAUGGACCACUUAAGCAACACUGACGUCUGGAACCACACUGGGGAGCAGAGAGGAUGGAGAACACACACGUUGUGGGACCACUGGCACUGUGCUGAUGAUAACCCCUACUCUCUGCACUCAGAGAACUACAGUGAUCUGUUUGGUCCAAACUACAUCAAAGAGCUCUCCGACUGGUCCACACAUCAGCAAACACUGAUGCCGUAG